AUGGCAAGUGGACAAGGAUUUUUAACUCCUAGUGAAUCCCAAAUUUCAGAUCUAUGUAAAAUAAAUGACAGAAAUAUGGAAAGUACUUUGAAAAACAAAGAAAGAGAUAAACCCAAACGAAUACGCAAGAGAGUCAAGAAUAAGAAUAUUGGAGAUGACAAUAAUGAAAUUUUGGACUUAGUGGAAUCAAAUUCACCCAGAUUCAGGUUACCAAUAGUUAGAAACAAAUUGCCCCUGGAUUACUGUAUUCCUUCUAGUAGCAAGCAUCCUUAUUCUAUGGAUAAAGCUUCAACAUAUUCCUCCAACAAACUCAAGGAUGUUGUGAGUAAAAAAAGUGUUUCAGUUGAUGAAAAGGUCACCUUUGAAAUUCAAUCAAUCAGGAAACAUGUUGGUUGUCAAAUGAUUCGCAAAAGGAAUUAUAGAUACAAGCAUAUUAAUCUGAGGUCUUUCACAAAAAAUACUAAUACAGAGCAUUGUAUUUUUACAACUGUACUAAACAACCUACUAAACAAUUUUCAUGGGUUAACAAUGAUUGAUAAGGAGAAAAACAAGAUUGUUUCUAAAGCAGAAUCCAGAAAAUAUCCUAAACAAGAAUCUAUUAAAAAAAAAAUUAAAAGAGAGAACAGAGAUAUUGAAGCCAAAGAAACAACAUUUCCUGAUUAUAUUUCCCAAGAGAAUGCUGUUUCAGGUCUGAGAGAUGGUGAUUUGGUGAAGGGAGUUGUGAGAAUAAAUCCUAAGAAUUCUCAAGACUCAUAUGUUAGUAAUGAUGAUUCUAGUAAAGCUGAUUAUUAUUUAACAUCAGUUCUUGACAGAAACAGGGCAUUGGAAGGUGAUGAAGUAAUUCUGCAAAUGAAACCAAAAAAUGAAUGGGUUGAUGGAAAGAUAACUGUCCAAGUAGUGUAUAUAACUCAAAAAGUUCACUCAAGACUUGCCGUUGGUAUUUUGAAGGCCCGAAAAUCGAAAAAUGCAGAGUAUGCCAUCUUUCAUCCCAGAGAUAAAAGGAUUCCUUCUAUUCGAAUUCCUGAAUCUCAUUGGCCCAAUGGUUUCAAGGAUGAUCCCAAAAAAUAUGCAAACAUAUUAUGUAUGGCUAAAAUACUGCGUUGGACAGUUCCGUCAUAUGCCUCAGGAGUGUUGACAGAAAAUUUAGGUCUUGUAGGAGACCUGAAAGUAGAAACGUUGUCAAUAUUGAAAGAGUUCUGCUUGGAUACAACACCAUUUGGGGAAGAAGUAAGGGAAUAUUUACCCCAGAGUUUCCAUAUAUCCAAGGAGGAAAUUGAACGACGUGAAGACAUAAGAAAAGAAUGUGUGUUUACGAUAGACCCUGCUACAGCGCGAGACCUCGACGAUGCUGUUUCAGUGAAGAUUUUAACCAACGGUAAUUACGAAGUUGGAGUUCAUAUAUCUGAUGUGAGUUAUUACCUGGAACAAGGCAGUGAACUAGAUCAGAUUGUUAGUAAAAAGGCGACUACCAUAUACAUGGUAGAUUCUGUCUAUCAUAUGCUACCGGUAGAAUUAUGUUUACAUUGUUCUCUUCUACCAGGAGAAGAUAAAUUAGCUUUCUCAGUGUUUUGGGAAAUAACAAAAGAUGGUGAGAUCCUCAGCAAGAGGUACACGAGAACCAUUAUCAAUUCCUGCAGCAAAUUAGCAUAUGAGCACGCUCAAGAGAUUAUUGAAAACCCUGAUAAGAAAUUCAGUGAUAGUGAUUUUCCUGAGAUCCACAAUGGCUUCCGGCCGGAAGAUAUUGUCAAUACCGUUAAUGUUCUACAAAAUAUUGCCGUAAUAUUUAGAGAGAAGAGAAUUAUGAACGGAGCCCUCAAAAUUGACCAGGUUAAGUUAUACUUCACCUUGGAUGCAGAAUCUGGAAAACCAGUUGAUUACUCAAAAUAUGAGAAUAAAGAAUCCCAUCGACUAAUUGAGGAGUUCAUGUUGUUAGCUAAUAUAUCUGUCGCUGAAAAAAUUUACGAAGCGUUUCCUGAUAUGGCAUUCUUGAGAUGUCAUGAAAAACCAAAGCAGACAAUGUUGGUUGAUCUCCAGAACAGUCUAGCCACAUAUGGGAUACAUAUUGACAUUUCCUCUUCAAGUGGCUUGAGAUCGUCUUUGGAAAAAUAUAUAAGCAAUGAUUAUCCAGGUUUGUGUCGGGCUGCUGUAUUGAACCACCUAACCGCUAAAGCCAUGACUAGGGCUAGAUAUUUCUGUGCUGCCACUACUGAAUCAGAAUGUUUCAAUCACUAUGCAUUGAGCGUUCCAAUUUAUACCCAUUACACUUCUCCAAUUAGACGCUAUGCUGAUAUUAUGGUCCACCGACUAUUAGCUGCGAGUUUGAGUUAUCAAGAUCCUCCUGCUUGGGAUGAACCUUAUAUUUCGGCGAUGGCUUCGAAUUGUAACAUGCAAAAAUACAAUGCCAAAAGGGCUGGUGAAGCAAGCAUGGAACUUUAUUUGGGUCAUUUUAUCGAAAACCAUAAGCCCUUUGAACAAGACUGUGUAGUAGUUGAUGUAAAGGAACGGAAUUUUGAUGUUAUCGUAUUGAAAACUGGAAGCAUAGUAAGAAUAUAUCCAAAUAACUGUGAACAAGGAACCCAGUGGAAAACAGAACAUAUCGUAACUAGCAGUUCGAUAUCAAAAGAUCGAAAAGCUGCCACAGAAGAGUCAUGCAGAAAACAGCUGAGACUGACGAUAACAUUUCCAAAAACGAAUUAUUUCCCACGAUCGAAGAUAACUGUAGAAAUGUUCUCUUUGGUGAAAGUGAAUUUAGAGAAAAAACAAAACACCUACAAAUUGGAAGGGACAUUGGUCAGACCUCUACCAGAAAGAGUUUUCACCAGACAGACAUGA